AUGUCUGGAGUUGGAUCUUGGUUUAUAGGAGGAUUCUCCAGGCUGACAGAUCCUAUUAAAAAAAGAAUAUUUAAAUUCGUGAUUAAAAGACUUCUCGGAAGGUUUAUUGAAGAACCCGAUCUAUCACAACUAGAUGUUCAACUACCAGGUUCUCAAACACAUAGGAAGGCUUCACAUAUUUCUGGACAACAAACAGAUCAAAUAGCCUCUUUUGAUUUUGAAUUGAAGAAUGUACAACUCAAAGUUAAGGAGAUUAACGAGAAUAUUCUGAUGCACAACAGUAAACUAUCACAAUCAUCAGACAAGGAUGGAAUACCAUUUAUACUAUCGAGUGGAUAUAUUGAAAAGAUUUGCGUAAAAAUACCUUCCCUUAUGGAUAUUAUGAAGGAAUCAAUGAUAUUAGAACUUAAUGGUUUAGAAGUGCAAUUACAAUUUAAUGGUAUGAAUGAGGAUUCUGGUUUUGGUAAUGCUGCAAACUCAUUCUUAUUUCAUUCGACUACAUUUCAUGAUCCAAAUGUUUUAGCAACGAGUAUUCUUUUAGGUGAUGUUACUAAAUCUGAUAUUGCUCACGAGUUUAAAGAUUUGGAAAAGGAAGAUUUUGAAGAAGAAACAGAUCCAAUGAAUUCCAGUAUGGACAGUUCAACUAUAUUUAGUGAUACAAAACAAGAAGAUACUGUUGGAUUCAAUGAGGGACAUACAAUUAUUUCCCAAGCUGUUGAAAGAGUAAUUUCUCAGCUCAAAGCCUUCGUUACCAAUGUAACUGUAAGAUUAGAAUUUCCAAAACCAAGAACUACUGCUCCAAUUGAUACUCCAGUUCGUAUUAAGAAGGAACAACGUUUGAAGAAUGUACUUUUAUUGCACUUCCCUAGAUUGGAAUAUUUGGAUGAAACACCUAAAACAGAAUCAUGGCCAUCUAAAUUCACAUACUCAUUCAUAUUUAAAGGAAUAUUUCUUCAAGUGUUUGAAGAGUAUCACUCUUCAGGGUAUAAAGUAGAUAAGGAUGAUGAAUCAGACUUUCCAUCAUCAAGUGUUAAACGUGAUAUGAAUUCUUCAUCAGAUUUUACACCAACCUCUAAUUAUAUUGUAAAUACUCAACCUUCAAAUACACUCGACGAAGGUAACACUAUUUUUUAUGGAGAAACAGAAAAUAACAAGAUCAAGGUCAAUAUAAGACCUUCAACGAACGCAAUGAAUGGCUCCAUAUUUGGUACACCCUCACCAACAUUUCCAAUACCUAAUUCAAGUUCUAAAAUUGAUAUUGAAUUUGACAUUACUUCGAUUCACUCGGUUAUCACACCUAGUCAAAUGGAUAUUUUAUUGCAGAUAUUUGAAACUUUGAAUAGUCGAGGAAUUAAUGUUGGAUUUGAUUCGUUUGCUACAUCCUCAAAGGAAGAAAAAGAAGCUUCACCAGAGUUUAAGAGUUUCAAAAGUGACCAUUCUACUGAUCAAAUAGGUACGAAUGCCAUGCUUCAAAGUAUCGAAAUUCCAAUCACUACAAAAAUGUCAGAAACUACUCUCAUCAAAUAUCAAGAAAAGUUGGAGAGGACCAAAUUACAUGAGGAAGAGGUUGAUUCUGAAAAUUUCCAAUUCCAUACAUUCGAAAGUGAACCAUUUUCUGAUGAAUCUGAAACAGAAGAGCAUCAAAUUCCAGAAAUUAGAAAACCUGCAGGUACACCAAAAAAGAAAACAAGCCCUCCUAUUGAAAAAUCUCCAAUGAAAAAUGUAAAUCACAGAUUUCUUACAAUACCAAAGGCAACAGAUACUCCAGCAUUUGGCUAUAAUGAUAUUAACUUAUCUUCCAGUUCUGUUCCAUGUAUUAACUUUAAGAUUGACAUCAAACUAAAGGCAGCAACAUUUAAUUUACUCUAUGAAGAUGCAAAUUUGGGUACAAUGUGGAGAACCUUCUUCCGAUCACAUGAUCAAAAUUCUGGACCAGACAUACCUGGAAUAGGGCAUCUUUCAUUGAGGUUUGUCAAUGGAAUUUCGUGUGGUGUAGCUUUUAGUACUGGUGGCAUUGUUACUAAUGACAAUUUCUCAGGUAUUGAGCAAAAGAAUAUCAACAAAACUGAUACCACUUUCCAUUUGACAUUUGGGGAUGUUCAACUUUCGGAAAGAUUAUGUAAAGAGUCUUUUGGAGGAAGACACAUCUAUUCAGAGUUGAAGGUUUUAGAGUUUUUGAACAAACCAAAGGAUUCAUCUGAUCCAAUCAUUGACUAUACUUAUCAUUUCAAAAAACGAGAAAACCUAGUCAAACAUACACUCCGAAUUAACAGUCAAAUCCAACUUAGUUUUGAUCCAGGAUUCCUUCAAAGAAUGAACAAGGUGUCAAGUAGACUUUUCUCAAAGUCAUCUCUAUUCACUAAAAUCUCUGAAAAUGCAAAUACAAGUCAGUAUGGAGCUGUCAAUGCAUUUAAUGAAAAUUUUGAACAGGCUAUUCUAGAUGACUUGGAUAAGGAUCAAACACAAAUAGGAGCACCUCAGCGUGUUGCCUUUGAUAUUUUAACAUGUGGCAUUUUGAUUGAUAUUUUAUUGCCAAAAGAGGCAGAGAAUGGUGAGACUGUAUUCCAAUCAACCCACUCAUAUAAGCCAGAUCGUCUCCGAAUUGAUUGUAAGGAGAUUAAAGUUAAGGCUUCCUUUAGAGAGGAUGGAAAUCAAAUGUUGAUAGACAAUGAAUUAUAUCAAGACAGAAUCCAAAUCGAUAAGAAUGCAACAAUUAUACCUAUUAUUGUUGGUGAAACUAAUUUGAUACUCAUUGAGAAAAAGACUGGCACUAGUAUCGUUAAGAUUAGACCAAUGAAGAUUUUCGCUACAAUCAAACCUUCUGAUGAAAAUCAUUCUAUGGAGGAAGAUGUACUAUACAAGUCUUAUAUUUCAGUGCCUGAGUCCGUUUCAUCUGACUUUUAUGAUGAAGUAGAACACUCAUCAUUAGAUUCUUCUGUUGAAGAGUUUAAUGGAGAAGAUGAUGAACAAGACAUUAGUGAAGAUAAAUAUAUUGAUCCAUCACAGCAUGAAGAGGACGUGGACUUCUCAAUUGAUUCAAUUGAAGAUACCAUAAUUGGUAGCAAGGCAUUGGAAAAAUCCAAAAUUUCUAUUAUUAUCGAUCUUGCAGAAAAGAAUUCUAAAUCCUCUGAUUUUAGUAUUGAGAUUAGCAGAGAACAUUUCCAAAAGUUGAAUGAUUUUAUUUCUAAAAUAUCUCAAGCUCUCUCUGCUGUGUUCGAUGAAAACCAAGCCCACAAGAAACCUUCUCCAAAGACGAUUGAUUCCAACCCAUCUGUGGCCAUCAAAUUCACAAGUAAUAACUUUACCGUACGUCUAUUAGAUACCAACAUGAGCAGAAAUUGUGUUUUGAAGUUCAAAAAACUAAACGCGCUGUUAGUUAUGUUCUCUAAUUGGAUUUCCAAGGAUAACCAAAAGUGCACUCUUAUCAAUGCAUACAUUUCAAAUGAGAGCAUUACAUUUUAUGAUGAAAUUGCUAACUCACGUAGCUAUAUUUUACGCAGAGAGGAUAAACUUGUAAAGGGAUUUAGACAAGCCAAGAAUUGCACAAACAUCUCUGUGAAUGUUGAGCUCUAUAACAAGUCCAUCUCUGUUCAACCAAAGAUAUUUUUCUCUGGACUCUUCUUGGGAUCCAUGUUCCCUACCGAGGAAAAUAAUUGGAGAAAAUUCUUGACUCAAUUCUUUGCCAGUGAUUCCAAGACAGAACAAAAGAUGAUUCUCGACAUCAAGACAGUUCUUCAAGACUGUGCUCUUGACUACCAGCCUAAAGACUCUGGAAAUAGGCUGAUACUUUUGGUGGACAAGCUUGGAUUCCAUACACACCUUAAUUUACCAACACCAUCAAAGAACACUAUCUAUGAUAUUAAUUUUGAGGGUAUGAGUUUACUAUUGCACAAUAACUUUGUCCACGAUAUUCCAAAAUAUCUACAAGAAGAAAUCAAAAACAAGAGAAUACCAAGAAGUGAAUUUGGUUUCAUCAAUGAGCUUCACUAUCUUUGCUUUGUGACAAUUGCAAGCCUUGACAAACUUAAUCUCAAAUUCACACAGAGAUCUGUCUCUGUCGAGGAAUCACAGGCAUCCUUAAUCUUUGCAUCCUCAACACAAGUAGAUUUAUUGGGACAGAGUAGUAUUUACAAAUCUAAAAUUGUUAGCAAAUUUGCUCUUACUGACAAGGAGAAGGAAAUAUUUAAACAUAAGGAGCCAAUCACUAAAUUAGAGAUUUCUGAUGGAACCCUUAUUGUGAACCUUUGUAAAGAUUCAUUGUCAACAUUACAAGAUGUAAUCAAACAAAUGACAGCACAAUUUGCAACUCCAUCAUCAAGUGAGCAAAAGGUAACUGAACCAGAGAACCCUAUUGUGAUUAGAUAUCCUUCUCUUGAAGAGAUUGAUAACCCUGUCUUUACAUCAAGCACUCCACAAAACUCUGUGAACAUCUUUGAGGGAGUCAAUGAUUUACAGUUUGGUUUCUCUCCAAAGUUUACGAAUAGUGCCGUCACAGAAGGAGAAUAUGCAUUACCAAAUAGAAAAACAAACACAAGAACUUUACCUUCUUCCAAUAACUCAUCAGCCUCAAAAUUAUCAAGGGAAGACAGUGGAAAGACCUUGACUCCUGUCAAGACAGAACCACAACCAACUGGACUAAUGUCUUGGGUUACCUCUCUCAUGAAUGAUUACUUGACAGAAGAUGACUCAAAACCGCAACAGAUUAAACCAACCAUAACACCUGGAUCAACAUCUUACUAUCCACAAACAUCAUCAGACGAUGAAGACGACGAUGUUAUCGUCACUAGUAUUUACAAAGAUGGGGUUGGUAGUAGUACCAUGCUUGGUCAAAAGUCAACAAAUACCAAGACAUUACUCUCCUCCUUCAUUCAAGAGCAUACCUACUUUCCAACCAUUAAGAAGGAAGAUUUAGAGAAUGAUUCACGUCUACCAUUAGAUUAUCCAACACCAUCCUUUGAAUUGGUACUAUCAAAGUGUAAUAUUCUGUGUCACAUUUUUGGAGGUAAAGAUUGGGCUGACAAUUCAGAAAGCGAUCAAAUGAACACUAGCCAAUCUUCCACCACCUCUUCCACUUUCUUACAAUUUGGUGAUUUAAUACAAUCCACCAGAGACCACACAAAACUGGUACAAUUGAAUCUGAACGAUUUGUUACUGCAAUACGAUACCUUCCCUAAUAGUGUUGCCAACUCUAAUGUUUCUAGACUUUCAUUUUCUAUUACUGACAUUGAACUUUUGGAUAAGUUGAAAGAGUCAAACAGAAAUAAGAUUCUUAAAUAUUGGGAGACUGAAUCUGAGCCUAGAGAAACUGACAGUAAAAUGAUUAGUCUUCUUCAUGAGGUGAUUAGACAAAAGGGUGCAACAAAUGCAAAUGAAGUUAGAUUGGAUAUUGAUAUUCUGCCAAUUCGUCUCAAUGUUCACCAAUCCACAAUGGAAUUUAUAAUUGAAUUUUUUACAUCUAAUAAGGAUGAAAUUCCUACCACACUACAAAAUACUACAAUGGAGGAAACAAAACCAACCUACUUCCAACAAGUUCAUAUUAGUCCAAUUCAAUUCAAAGUCGAUUAUCAACCUGUAAGAGUUAAUCUUGAUGCAGUCAAAGAGAAUGGAAUUACAUCCUACAAGUCUGUAGCUCAAAUGGUAAAUCUAGUCCCAAUUAACGGUGCUGAAGUCAAGAUUAAACCAAUCCAACUCAAUGGUAUCAGUGGCAUUGAAGAGGUUGUUUCAAAAUCUACAGCUCUCAUUUUGGAUUCAAUUGAUACUGGUGAUAUUUUCAGAGCAUUAUUGGGAAUUAUGCCUAUCAAAUCAAUGUACAGCAUUGGUACAGGUGUUGCUGAUUUGGUUGUUCUCCCAAUUCAAUCCUAUCAAACAGAUGGUCAAGUGCUGAGAGGAUUAAGAAGAGGAUUAUCAUCCUUUGUUACCAAUCUGUCUGUUGGAACCGUACAACUUACCUCUAAUGCUGCUACAGGUGUUAACUAUGUAGUUCAGAAAACUGAUCAAUAUGUUAAGCAAAGCAGUGGUCUUGGCAAAUUUAUUAAUUAUGAUUAUGUUCAAGAUGAUGAUGGGGAUAUUAGAACAGUACCAAACACUCCUCCACCUGCUGAUGAAGAUUUGCCAACCAAUAUUAACAAUGCCAUUCAAAGAGCUUACAGAGAUAUCAGCACUGGAUUUGAAGAUGCUAAACUUGCUGUCAUUGCCAUUCCAAAAUCUGGUAAUGUGUGGACUAUUCCAAGAGUUGUACUCUCACCUCUGGCUGGUAUGACAGGAGCUAUCUCUAAUCUUAUGAUUGGUAUCAGAAGUGAAGUUGAUUCUUCUUACAGACAAGAAAACAAAGACCUUUACAAAAAAUAAAAAUCACUCAAAUAAUAUUCUUCUC